CUUUUUCCAAGCUUUCCCAUUAGCCAUCAUCUUAUAUAAUAACACUUGCAUCUUUCAACAAAUCAUACUCUCAUUUCAAUUAAAUCUUGUUCUGUAAUCCAAACAAUCAUUCAAUGACCACUCUUACUACACAAAUGUCACUUCUUUUGCUCCUUCUUUUAUCUAUAACCAUAUUUCACAGAAGUUUGUCUAUAAAUGAUCACAGGAUGGUAUCAUGCCAUGAGAAAGACCGGGAGAUACUUUUAACUUUCAAAAAGGGAAUCAUUGAUCAUGAUGGUCGAAUUUCAACAUGGACAACCGAAAAUGAUUGUUGUUCUUGGGAAGGGAUCCACUGUGACAACAUUACUAGAAGAGUUACACGAGUUGAAUUAUCACCACCUUAUUACGUUGUAGAUGAGCAAUCCAAAUAUUUAAAAGGUGAGAUGAAUCUUUGUAUUUUAAAACUUGAGUUUCUCAGUCACUUGGAUUUGAACAACAAUGAGUUUAAUAAGAUUAGUAUUCCAUCGAAUCACCAAAACAUUACACAUGCAUCUAAACUUUUCUUUCUUGACUUAUCCAUCAGUUUCAGUCAUAGUCUUCACAUGGAUAAUCUUGAUUGGCUUUCUCCACUUUCUUCUUUGAAAUAUCUCAACCUUUCUGGAAUUGAUCUUCAUAAGGAAACCAAUUGGCUUCAAGCUGUGAAAAAAAUUCCUUCACUAUUAGAGUUACAGUUACAAAAUUGUAACCUAAAUAACCUCGUGCUCAACCCAUCUGUUGAAUAUUUGAAUUUUUCUUCACUUAUAAUUCUUGAUCUUUCUUACAACAACAUCACCUUUCAUUUACCUAAUUCAUUUUUUAAUCUCACCAAAGACAUCACCUAUCUUGAUCUUAGUCACAACCAUAUACCAGGUGAGAUACCUUCAAGCUUGCUAAACCUUCGAAAUUUAAGACACCUUAAUCUUGCUUAUAACCAACUUAGAGGAUCUAUUCCAAAUGAAAUAGGCCAAUUAGCACAUAUUGAAACACUUGAUCUUUCCAGGAACAUGUUAAGUGGUUUCAUUCCUUCAACUCUUGGAAACCUCUCCUCCUUAUAUUCCUUAUCUAUUGGCUAUAAUAAUUUCUCUGGUGAAAUAUCAAAAACAACUUUCUCCAAACUCAAUAGUUUAGAUUCACUAGACUUGAGUAGUUCAAAUGUUUUAUUUCAAUUUGAUUUUGAUUGGGUUCCUCCUUUUCAACUUAGUACGCUUUCUUUGAGUAACUCAAAUCUAGGCCCAAAUUUUCCAUCAUGGAUAUAUACACAGAACUCAUUGGAGAUUCUUGAUUUAUCCAGCACUGGAAUUUCAUUAGUAGAUAAGAAUAAGUUUGCGAGGUUUAUAGAAAGAAUAAACCAUACUCUUGAUUUGUCAAACAAUUCGAUGAUGGGAGAUUUAUCAAACCUAACACUAAUGGGUUAUGACUUAGAAUUGAGUCAUAAUAAUUUCACAGGAGGACUCCCUAACAUCGCAAGGGCCUAUUUCGUUGAUUUUUCUUACAACUCCUUUUCAGGACCAAUUCCACAUAGUUGGAAGAAGUUAAAGGAUUUAUUGUACAUUAACUUGUGGUGCAAUAAGUUGUCAGGUGAAGUCCUAGUGCACCUCUCUCAAUCGACACAAUUGCUAGUCAUGAAUUUGGGAGAAAAUGGAUUUUCUGGAUUCAUACCAAUCAACAUGUCACAAGAAUUAGAAGUGGUCAUAUUGAGAGGUAAUCAAUUUGAAGGGAACAUCCCAACACAAUUAUUCAAUCUCCCAUCUUUAUUUCAUUUGGACUUAGCACAUAACAAGCUUUCAGGAUCUAUUCCAGACUGCACUUAUAACUUAACUCAUAUGAUUACUAAUCAUUUAGGUUCAUGGAUUAGUCCUACAAUUGAUUUGUUUCAAAAAGGUCACGAUUACGUGUAUCAAGUCCAACCUGAUAGGCGAACUAUUGACCUUUCAGUCAAUAGAUUUUCAGGAAAAGUACCAAUGGAAUUAUUUCGUCUUGUUCAAGUUCAAACAUUAAAUUUGUCUCACAAUAAUUUUAUGGGAACAAUACCAAAGACAAUUGGAGGAAUGAAAAAUCUUGAAUCUCUAGAUCUCUCUAAUAAUAUGUUUUAUGGUGAAAUUCCCGAAAGCAUGAGUGUCUUGAACUUUUUAGAUUACUUGAAUCUAUCUCACAACAAUUUUAAUGGAAAAAUCCCAACUGGAACACAACUUCAAAGUUUUGAUGCAUCUUGCUACUUUGGAAAUCCAAACUUGUGCGGAGCUCCUCUAAAUAAUUGUUCCACAGAAGAAGAAAAUCCAAAAAAUGUAACACCAACACGAAGGAAUGAAGAUGAGGACUCUAUAAGAGAAUCAUUAUAUCUAGGCAUGGGAGUUGGAUUUGCAGUAGGUUUCUGGGGGAUAUGUGGUUCUUUGUUUCUUCUUAGAAAAUGGAGGCACGCAUAUUAUCGGUUUGUUGAUGGAGUUGGGGACAAGAUCUAUGUAACUUUCAUGGUAAUGAUGAAUAGUUUCAAGAGAAAUUAAUCUUCGGUUAACUAAGGUGACUUUGUAUGUGGAAGAUCUUGGAUUCUUAUGCAAAUUGUGGAAAUAAUCUUUCAUCUGUUGUAAUACAUUAUAGUUUUUUAGUAGUCAGGAAGUGUUGCAUUUAUGUUGUUGUUGAGACACUGUUACACAUAUUAUGUGCUUGUCAUCAGGGACUUUAAAAUAUGAAAGUGCUAUCGAAUUUGAUUUUGUUGGAUAAAUUUAAAUGCAGU